GUGAAAAUACCUUUUAUUUUUUGAAGUAUUAAGUAAGUACUAUUCAGGUAAGGAUAGUUAAGUGAAAAUACCUUUUAUUUUUUGAAGUAAAUUUCUUGAGAGUAUAUUCGAGCUAAAAAUAUCAUAUAAUAUAAAUUGGUGGGAGAAAUUUUUAGUUAAUUAUGAGAUGCAAUAUUUAUAUAUAAAAUUAUUCUUCCAAAGUCUCUCAACCCACAUUCCUCCACCAACCUUUUUGACCAAUACUGUUUAUUCCACCACUUUGAUUUUUUGCUUUCAAACAACAACCACCACCACCUUAACUAAUUAUUGGUUUCACAUUAUUUAAUACUUGUAAAAUAAUAAAAUCCUACAACCCCAUUUAUAUAUCUAUAUUUUUCUUGAUUUUAAUUAGGUUUAAUGGAUUCACCAAAAUUAUCAGUUUCACAAGAACUUAAUAUUAAUGAUGAUGAUGAACCUCAAUUACUAGAAGAAGAAUUAAUUUCUCUAUCUUCUUUAUCUAUGGCUGAGAAAAGUACAAGUCUUGUUUCAAGAAGUACCGCACCUAGUCAUUUUGUUAUGGGGAAACAUCGUAUGGCUGCUGCUAUUUCUUCUCUUGAUCAACAAAUCCAAUUUAUUCAGGAAGAAUUGGACAAACUUGAAUCAUAUGGAGAGGCCUCCAUAGUCUGCAAAGAGUUUCUUUCAAUGGUAGAAUCCAAACCAGAUGCUUUACUUCCAGUGACCAAAGGCCCUACAGAUGUUAAAUGGGAUAGAUGGUUUCAAGGAGCCAAUGGGUCUAGACGUAACAAACGAUGGAUAUGAAAUCCUAAUUCUGUCAACAAAUUACCAAAGAAAUUCAGUAAAAUAUUUGGAUAAUCGUUUUUGUAUAAAUGAAAGAGAUACUACUUUUAUUACUUCGAAUUAAAGGGUGACAUAAAAUUGGUCUAUUUCCAGUAACAAUAUACACAACAGAAAAUAUAUGUACUAUAUUUUUAUUCAAUUAAUAGAUACGAGUCAUGUGUUUUAUCAA